GUUUUUUCUAACACUAUUAUCUUCGUUAUCAAAUAAACAAAGAAAAUAUCACCUUCUGAGAAGAGGGGUUUAGGGUUCUAUUCACAAAAGCGAUUCGUUAGUGUGUUCGAUCUCGUUUUCAUUCAUCCAUAAGAAGAAGAAGAAGAAGAAGAAACCGUUUUCAUCAGAAUCAAGCAAAGAUGGCUCGUAACGAAGAGAAAGCUCAAUCGAUGCUGAAUCGAUUCAUCACCAUGAAAGCUGAGGAAAAGAAGAAACCAAAAGAACGCCGUCCUUUUCUCGCUUCUGAAUGUCGUGACCUAAACGAAGCCGACAAAUGGCGUCAGCAAAUCAUGCGCGAAAUCGGCCGCAAAGUCGCCGAGAUUCAAAACGAAGGUCUCGGCGAACACCGUCUUCGUGAUCUCAACGACGAAAUUAACAAACUCAUUCGUGAGAAAUCGCAUUGGGAGAGGAGAAUUGUUGAGCUUGGAGGACCGAAUUACGCGAGGCAUUCUGCGAAAAUGACUGAUUUGGAUGGGAAUAUUGUUGAUGUCCCUAACCCUAGUGGAAGGGGGCCCGGGUAUAGAUAUUUCGGUGCAGCGAAGAAAUUGCCUGGGGUUAGGGAGCUUUUUGAGAAGCCGCCGGAGUUGAGGAAACGAAGGACGAGAUAUGAUAUUUAUAAGAGGAUUAAUGCUGCUUAUUAUGGUUAUAGGGAUGAUGAAGAUGGGAUAUUGGAGCGAGUUGAGGCUCCGGCUGAGGAAUGUAUGAGACGCGAGGCGGUUGAGGAGUGGGAGAGGUUGGAUAGGAUAAGGAAGGAAGCUAGGAAGGCUGUGAGGAGUGGGGAGGUUGUUGAGGUUACUGCGGCUACGAGGGAGAUACUUCAUGAGGAAGAGGAGGAUGUGGUGGAGGAGGAGAGGAUGAAAGAGAGAGAGAUGAGGGAGAGGUUGGAUGAGAAAGAGAGGGAAUUUGUUGUGCAUGUGCCGUUGCCGGAUGAGAAGGAGAUUGAGAAGAUGGUGUUGCAGAAGAAGAAGGCGGAUUUGUUGAAUCGGUAUGUGAGUGAUGUGCUUAUGGAGGAGCAGACUGAAGCUAAGGAUUUGCUUAACAUUCAUCGCUAGAUAUAGCAGGGAAUUUUGAUCAGUAGAGUCGGUGCAAUGCUGUAAUUACUUGGAAUAGUGAGUCAUCUGACCGAACUUUGUUACCAAGGAUAGUGUUAGAAGUUGUCGAUCUUUGGGUGGUGGUAGCAAAACAUGGUUAUUGCAUUGCCUGGUCGAAAGGGCAUGCAAGCAGCGGUGCUGAGGGGAUUGAAUUGUUAUUGGGUUGAAUAUAUUUUUUUAUUUCUGCUCUCCCCCCUGCACUUUUCGUUCGCGUCCAGCCAAACUGACCAAAAUACCCCUGCAUUACUUAACUAAUGCAAGUGUAAAAAAAACGUAACUUAGUUUUAUCACAAAUGUUGUAAAAAAAAUCUGUUUGACUGACCCGAAACCAUAAUCAUCAACAUUUUGAAGGCUUCAACUUUAUGAGACGACGGUGGUGGCUUCAAUUUCAAAACAAGUCUUGUAAUUUCUUUUGUCAAUAACAUCACCAGUUUCCGACAACAAAGACGAAACAAUGUGAUCAAUAUUCAACAUUAACAUUAAACCCUUUAAACUCAA